AGGUAGACCAUGAUUGAUGCACACUCCAGGACAGUAGGUGGCGGCAUGCACCUUUAAACCUUUGUUUGCGGACCGCAAUGAUAUCAUAGAAGACUAAGACGAACGGAAGUGAACAGUGACCAAGAACUAUUUCCACGUUAGCGUUUUUAUUGUUAAUAUUUAGAUGUGUAUUACCACCCUGGAACGCAAUAUGACUUAACUGCACAGCAUCACAUACUUAACCCAUGUAGUUUUUUAUUCGCGUUGGAGACAGGACUUGGUUGAUAUGUUAUCUAGGUAACGCUAGCUAGCUAGCUGCUAACAAUGGCCGGUAACUCUAACGGUAUGGUAUUUCACACUCAAAUAGCCUCCAUAAUGGAGGUGCUAGCGAAUGCAGCCGUGGCCGAGAUUUGUAAACUCGUAGACGACGACUAUGCAGUGUUUCGUUUGGAAAUAACUCAAAGCCAGAAAGAAAACAGGGCAUUGCGGAAGAAAGUACUGGAACUGAAGGUGGCACGGGAACGCGCAGAGAGGACAACACGAGAGCGCGUCCUCGCCAGUCGUGUCAAGAUCAUGGACCGAUACAGAGGAAUGGCAAGAGGUGAAGGACAUCUCACUGCAGGCCACAGGAGCUUUGUGAAGCCAGCUGGACACAAUUCAUGGAGAGUUGACCAACUAAUUACUAUUGAUGAGGGGAGCGGAACCUCAACCCAGCAAGUUAUUGUGAUAGAGUCUGCAGAUGGAGAGGCUGCUGGUCAUGAGGUCAAGCAGGAGAGGUCUGAAGGAGAGGAGGACCCAUGGCACAGCAGAGACAUCAAGACUGGAGUAGCUGGAGCACCGCCUGUAGCCACAGAAGACCCCACCACCGCUCCAGCGCAGCCCAGGAUCCGACACAGCAUCACGGAGAUCAGUGGAACGCAGAAUGCCGUCCUCAAGUCAGAGACAGACACCAAGACAUUAACUGUACACACAGGAUCUGACCACAGGUCAGACCCAGAGAGACUGGGGCUGAGGAGACUGGGCUGUCCUCCUGCUCCUGGCUCAGAGUAUUUACCAGUAUUUCACCAGAGCCAGAGAAGGGUUAAUUCCCGUGGAGAUGGUAAUGCGUUAGACACUGAAGUUGAUGAUCCGUCUUGUUCUUACGCUACAGAGAUGGACCCUGGCAACAUAUCCUUGGGUUUAGAGACACAGAAUGAUCUGUCUAGAGGGGACUGGAACCAGUACAGUAGUAGUGUAUACACUGAUAGUUGCCUAGAUAAGAAAGGGGAGGUUAUAGUUGUAGAUGAGGUGACUGUGAAAGUGGAGAGGGAUGUUCCUCCCACAUGGAAUGCAGAUAGUCACCAAGGAGACAGACACUCACAGGGCAGAGAUUUCUUAGAUUACAGGGAAAGCUUAGAGACAAAUCCAAAUGUCACGACUCACUCCCCUUUACACGCGCUCAGGGAUUGCGACCUAGUGUCCACAUCGAUGGGGCAUUCCGAUUCACACCUUUUCGAUCAGGUAUUGAACUCAAACGACUGGGCUAGAGCCCAGGCUCAGGAAGGGGGAGCAACAUCAGGCAAUAGUAAAGAGAAACGGUUCCUCUGCAUGUUCUGUAACAAAGGCUUCAGCUGCCUCCAGAAGGUGGAGAUCCACCAGAGGGUCCACACAGGGGAGAAACCUUACAGCUGUAACCAGUGUGAGAAGAGGUUCUCCCGCCAGGACCACCUGAAAAGGCACCAGAUGGUCCACACAGGGGAGAAACCCUACAGCUGUACCCAGUGUCACAUGCGCUUUGCCCAGGCUGGUCACCUGAAGAUGCACUUGAAGGUCCACACGGGAGAAAGGCAUUUUGCUUGUACGCACUGCGGGAAGAGGUUCUCAGAGAGGAGCUACCUCAGGAUACACCAGCAGAAAAAACAUUCCACUCUAUAAAAUAGAAAGUAAAAUUCCACUUGAUAGCUUCUGGCGUUUUGAUCAAACCCUGCAUUUAAGACAAAGAUACAUUUUCAUCAGAGAUUUGGGGUAAUGAGAGUAACACAUUUCAGUGUUGAAUAUUCCUGGGUAGGAUAUUGCAUCCAGACGUGUGAGAUAUAUAAAAGUCUGUUUCAUAUUGUUUGUGCUGUGUAGGCUAUAUGGUGGUCACAAAUUUUCCCAAGACACUUAAUGAAAAAAUGUAUUCCGUUCAUCAAGUUCAUACUGACUUUUAGUUGAGACACGUGUAUGUGUGUUUUUCAUAUGGUGUAUUCAGCUCUUGUUUGUUUAAUAAACACAAAAUGGGACUUUUCAUUCCAAGACUUUCAUUGAGACUCUUUAGACCCACACAUUAAAAAGCACCUACUGUACAAGUCAAAAUACUUUAGCCCGGUUUGUCUGACUUUUGAUUUAUCAUUUCUGACUUGUUUUUACCCACAGCAUCAUUUAUGUCCACCGUGAUGGGUUUAACAACAAUUUUAAGAAAUUCUGUAUCUACGGUAUAGGACUCAAAGGGUGGAGGUCAGAGACCUGGCAGUGAUUGUGGACAUGAUCGUGGACUACAGGAAAAGGAGGGCUGAGCACGCCCUGUGGCGGAUGAAUCAGAAUUAGUUGGGUAACAUAGAUCAUUAAGAUGUCUUAUCUGCAUAAUAUGCUUAUGUGGUAUACUUGUUAUUAGAAUGUAUCCCUUCGGACUCUGGUGUUGGCAGUUGCACUUCUUCCCUCAGCUGGGGCUCAGUCACCUGGGGCCCAGAGAGGGGAGAGUUCAGGCUUGUCUUUCACAUGUCCCUGGUGCUAUGCAGAAUAUCAGAAAGGGAAGAGGACAGGAGGGAACAUUGUCUUCAAAUGUGAAUGUGUCUUUACCUAUUCUAAACCAUGUGAAGGGAUGGCGUGAUUAGUGGGGAACCAAUUACUUGUUUCCACAAUGUCUGUGCGCCAGUCACUCCCUCCUUUGGCAUUGGGGGAUGUGUGUGGUAGUGUCUGGAGUUGACAAUUGAUUUAUGCCAUUGGUCGAGUUGGUGUUUUUGUGCUAGGAGUAACAGGAACAAGAUAGGAACUUCGUCUUAGGGACCAAACUGAACGAUAAUUUAUAGCGAAGGCUAUCUGGCUACGGGACACUCCUUUCUCAUUUAUGAAGUCACACCUUGUGACCCAUUCUAUGUAUCUGUUGUUUGUCAUGUAGGUUGAAAGGGGUGUAUCUUGGCUAUAAAAGACCUUUGUACUUUUGUCUCGCCACUCUCAACGGAUUAUUAGAAAUGGUGAAUCAUUGACAAGUCAUUGCUAUUGCAAAGCUCUCAUUAUUAAAGAUUUAGUUUAAGUAUAA